AUGAGUAGUCACAACCGUUUCAAUUUCUUCCGUCGUGAUCGUCCUUCCCCCUCUAGAGACUCUGAUUCUUCUUUCGCUUGUCGCGGUCUCUACGAACACCCUCCUUCUCAAUGGCGAUCUCACCCAGCUCGAUCUUCUAACUCGGGGGAGUCCUUUGCCUGCCGUGGUAUUGCUUACAACGAAGAAGACUUAGAGGUAUCUCGUUCUCCAUUACACCCUUCUCAAGCUAACCGUCCUCGUCAGAAUGCUUUCUAUGAUGAUUACUAUGCUUCUCCUUCCGCUACUGCUCAUCAGAAUAUCGCUUAUUACACUGUCCCUCAGGGUGUUCCUUUCACUUCUCAAUCCAAUUCCAUGGAGUCUGAUCAAUCAUUCUGUAGACGAUCCCGAAGACGUGAUGGAGUCUUGUUGGAAAAUGGUCUUCCUCCUCCUCCUCGACGUCGUGAUGCAGUUUUAUUUGAGAAUGGUUACCGCCCUACUCACCAUCAUCAGGUUGAUCAAACUCUUUCAAGAAGACAACCUCAGACCAUCACUCGAAAUCUUCAAUCAUCACUUCAAUCAAGAUAUCGGGAAGAGGCUUCUGGAAAUCAAAGAUAUGGAAGAGGUGCGAUUGAUUAUAAUGCUUAUGUAGAUUCUGAUGAGGAAGGAAAUAUGUUAGGAAAUCAUGCUUUAAAUCAUCAAACUUCCUCUUCUUAUAGACGCCCUCCUCCCUCUAACUACCCUUCUUCUAGUCACCGAUAUCGUUGA